GUUUAUUGUUUGAUGUUGGCAACAAUACAAAAUAAAUCUUCGUGUCAAACCUUCGUAAAAAAUGGAUAAUAAUAUAGUUUUGUAAAAGACAAACGCGGGUUUAAUUUUAUUUUUAUUUAUAGGAUAUAAUUUCACAAAUUGUUAAUAAUGUCUAAGUUAACAUGCAUAUUAUUUUUGUCAUGCAUAACAUUAAGCUACCAAUUCUACGUGCCGGGCAUGGCCCCGACCGACUUCAAACUAAACGAUCCCAUUGAAGUAAAGGCUGUGAAGAUGACAAGUAUACACACCCAACUACCAUAUGAGUAUUACUCCCUGCCAUUCUGUUUACCCAAGGAAGGCGUAGCAGGCAUACAUUACAAAUCAGAGAACUUGGGCGAAGUGCUGAGGGGCGACAGGAUUGUCAACACGCGCUAUGACGUUAGAAUGGGACAAAACACCCCUUGUUCUUUGUUGUGCAACUCCAAAGUGGAUCCAAUACAUUGGACAGUGUCUGAGUCACAAGUCGUCGCUGAUAGGAUUCAACAUGAGUAUUUUGUGCAUUUGCUUAUUGAUAAUUUACCGGCAGCAACACCUUUAAUCAAUUCUGAACAUGGGGAUGUUCAGUAUAAUCAUGGUUAUCCACUUGGUAUGUCUGUGGGGGAGAAAAACUACAUCAACAAUCACUUAAAAUUCACUUUGCUAUACCAUAAACCUUCACCGGAUAUUUAUAGAGUAGUUGGCUUCCAAGUUGAGGCUAAGUCAGUGCACUUUGAUGACAUAAGAUUUGGUGAAAACAAUCAGUGUACAAUACCAACUAAUCACAAAGCUCAACUUGUGGACACCAGCAGUGGUACUAAAUUACUUUUCACUUAUGAGGUUGUCUGGAACAGUUCUAAAGUCAGCUGGGCCUCCAGAUGGGACACUUAUUUAGCCAUGAAUGAUGUUAACAUCCAUUGGUACUCAAUUAUAAACUCUAUUGUUGUAAUCUUCUUCCUGUCAGGUAUUCUAACUAUGAUUAUGGUUAGAACUCUUAGAAGGGACAUUGCUAAGUACAAUGCUGAUGAGAAUUUUGAUGAGACAAUAGAAGAAACUGGGUGGAAGUUGGUCCAUGGUGAUGUAUUUAGGCCUCCAAGAAACUCUAUAUUGUUUGCUGCUCUUAUUGGAUCAGGCAUACAAAUAUUCUUGAUGGCACUCAUCACUUUAUUCUUCGCGAUGCUGGGGAUGCUCUCGCCUGCGUCGAGGGGAGCCCUGACGACUGCCGCCAUCACCUUCUACAUGGUGCACGGCAUCGUGGCCGGCUACAACUCGGCCCGCCUCUACAAAACCAUGAAGGGUCGCGAGUGGAAAAGGGCGGCACUCUGGACUGCUGUCCUCUAUCCGGGCGUCAUCGCCAGCACGUGCUUCUUCCUCAACUUCUUCAUCUGGGGCAAGCACAGCAGUGGGGCGGUGCCGUUUUCCACCAUGAUUUCCCUGCUGUUGAUGUGGGUGUUCAUUUCCCUGCCGCUGGUUUACCUGGGGUACUACUUCGGGUACAGGAAGCAGCCCUAUCAGCAUCCGGUCCGGACCAAUCAGAUACCCAGGCAGGUGCCUGAACAGCACUGGUACAUGAAUCCCUUAUUGUGCACGUUGAUGGCCGGAAUCCUACCUUUCGGAGCGGUGUUCAUCGAGCUGUUCUUCAUCUUCACCGCCAUUUGGGAAAACCAGUUCUACUACUUGUUUGGGUUCCUGUUCCUUGUUUUCAUCAUCCUAGUUAUCUCUUGUUCACAAAUCUCAAUCGUCAUGAUCUAUUUCCAACUUUGUGGGGAGGAUUACCACUGGUGGUGGAGAAGUUUCGUGGUAUCCGGCGGCUCCGCCCUCUACAUCCUCGCCUAUUCUUUCUACUACUUCGUCACUAAACUGGAGAUUACCGAAUUCAUCCCCACGCUUCUGUACAUGGGUUACACCGGUCUCAUGGUGUUCACGUUCUGGCUCUUGACGGGAACGAUUGGUUUCUUUGCGGCCUACGCUUUCGUCAGAAAAAUCUACGCCGCCGUUAAAAUUGAUUAAAUGUAUUAAGAGCUAGUCAAAUUAUUUUCAUAAAUAUCCUCGAUUUAAUUGAAAAUGUCCUUUUAUAAAUUGCUGCUAAUUACCAUCACGCAUUUUCUCUUAAAUUAACGAUAUAAUUAAGGAGGCGGUGAAAGAGUUCACAUCCAAGGAGAUUAUUUGAGGUCGAAUUUAUUUUACAACGAACGAGUCGGCGAUUUAAAUGACUUAUAAUAAUAAAAUAUAUUAUAAUAAAAGCCAAAUUAAGCUC